UCUUACAAAAAUAAAAUAAAAUCAAAUAUUUAAAAAUUAUUUGGCAAUUGAGGAGCUUAAUUUGUUGUCCUUCCAAAAUGAUUAAGCCUAGAUUAUAUUCUGCAGCUCCACAACUUAAGCCAGGCCUUUCUUUUAGUAAUGAACCACAACUGCGUAAUACAUCGUCAAUGAAAUAUGAGCACCCAUCUGUAUCUCUUCAAAAUCCAAUUAAAAAAGGUUCAAACAUAGACUUACACAAAAAAGAAAAACCAAAAGAUGCUGAUGAAGAGCUUUAUAUACGUAAGAGCUUAUAUGAUUGGAUAACUGAAGAUCUUGAUCGCUUUGGACGUAGUGUAUUUUACAAAAGAUUUGUGCUCGUGGCUAAAAACAGAGAAGAUUUUCCGCGUCCCAAGUAUGGUGUCGAUGGUGAAAAGAUCGAUCCAGAUACUGAUAUAAGUUUUUAUUGGGCUUUUCGCCUAGAACUCGAUAAAAUGCUUGAUAUUUGCUACAAGAGUAUGUUUCUUACAGAAAAAAUAACCGGAUUGUUUUUAUGCAUGGGUGAGUACACUAUAUUGUUACUUGAAGGAGCAGAAGAAUUUUUAAAAGACUUCAAUGAAAUGCUUGUGGAAAUUGCGGAUAAAUAUUGGUUAGCCAAUAAAAUUUUUCAUGUAGAGGAUAAAAUUAAUGAGACCUACUUUCAAUAUUGUGCUUCAUUCCGCUGUGCACAAAUGAAUAUAAAUGAAAAAUUUCCACCGAAUACCGUAACCGAUAAGCAUCUAAUUGUAGAGCAACACAACAUAAUAAAAGAGAAACUACUGUCACUUUACGAAAGGUUAAGCCCGAUUGUAACAAAACCGAAGCAUGCUGAGGUGUUUAAGGAAGAAACCUGGAAGGUACGUAGAGCUGCUAUGAGAAAGCACGAAGAACAAAAAAAAAUAAAUGCAGAUGCACAUUUUGAUAAGGUGCCUCAGCGGUUUUUAGUACCUUGCUCCUUUAAAGAAGUAGAAGAGAUGGAAGAGCAGGAAUCACGCACAGCUAUUUGGUCAAGUUCAAGUGACGAAAUCUUAGAAGAGGUGGAGUUUCUACCACCAUUGGAAUUUAAUAAACUUUUACCAGAGGCACAACGCAUUGAUAUCGUACUAAAUUGCGAAAGGUUCUAUCGUUCGUUGAGACAAGCCCUAAAUCUUUUAAAUGUCACAGUUGUAAUGCCGGAUGAAGAAGCAUUGAUUUGGCCAAUUCCAUACAAUUUCCUACCGCUUGGAAUUUUUGAGAGGUCACCAUAUGAUGUAAAUCUGACAUUUCCCAAUUACAAAGUUGCAGAAGUUGGUGAAGAAGAUAAAGAAGAAGAUGAAGAAAUUGGUGAAGAGGAAGAAGCAGAAGAAGACCCUAUUUUCAUGUGAACUAUAUUUUAAUUAUUUAUUUAUUAAAGAAUAUUUAUUUUGACUUGAUUGUGAAUUGAUAUGAAUUUGUUUUGUGAAUAAUAAAUUUAUUAAAU